AUGAAGGCCAUCAUCCUCCCGAUGACUCUCCUCCUCCCCUUUGCAAUGGGCCUGCCCACUGCCAUAGUCAAGCCAGAAAUCAACUCUGACACCACCGACGACAUCAACCCAGCCACCACCCCCAACCCCAACGCCAACCCCAACACCAACCCCAUUGCCCACCACAAACUCUCCCCCCGCCAGCUGAGGGGCAUGGGCAUGGGCCGGCCGCCUAUGCCUGCUAUGCCAGCCAUGCCCGCUAUGCCCGCUAUUCCUGCCAUGCCUGCCAGGCCGGCUAUGCCGGCUAUGCCUGGUAUGUCGUUUGGUGGGGUGGUGAAGCGUGCUGUGGGGGGUGGUGAGGGUGGUGAUGGCGGUGAUGGCGGGGAUGGUGAUGGUGAUGGUGGUGGGGAUGGGGGUGUGGGGGAUGGAGAUGUGGGUGAUGCGGGUGGACAAGGUGGACAGGAGGGUGGACAGAACCCGGGUGUGGCGGGAGGACAGGCCAAGGCACGGUAUCCCGGUGUCUAUCCCGGUGUCUAUCCCGGCGUCUAUCCUGGAGCUGCAGGCCCCUUGCCGUAUGUGUAUCCCGCAUAUGGCUAUCCAUAUCGCCCCUCUCCCUAUGGGUAUCCGAGGGUGUGGUGA